GAACAGACUCAGCCCAAUCUCUUUCUUUAUUUGGGUCUUCUUCUCUGUUUUAAUUAACGCCUUCCUCAUCAUCAUCAUCAUCAUCAUCUUCUUCUUCUUCACACAGGGCGGGCGGCGAUGGUGAAGGCCUACCUCCGCUACGAGCCGGCGGCUACUUUUGGGGUCAUAGCAUCCCUAGAAUCAAACAUCGCCUACGAAAGCUCCGGGAAGCACCUGCUAGCGGCAGCACUAGAGAGCGUCGGCGUUUGGCACACACGCCAAGGCAUCUGCACCAAGUCCUUGGCUCCUUCCCCUUCCUCGUCUUCCAAAGGGCCCUCCCUUGCCGUCACCUCCAUUGCUGCUUCCCCUUCAUCUUUCAUUGCAAGCGGUUAUGCUGAUGGAAGCAUAAGAUUAUGGGAUCUUGAUAAAUUCUCGUGUGAAACCAACUUAAAUGGACACAAAGGGGCUGUGACUGCCCUUCGUUACAACAAAACUGGGUCUUUUAUUGCAUCAGGGAGCAAAGAUACUGAUAUCAUCUUGUGGGAUGUAGUUGCAGAGGCUGGAUUGUUUCGGCUUCGUGGCCAUCGCGACCAGGUUACAGAUGUUCUUUUCUUAGAUUCUGGGAAAAAGUUGGUAAGUUCUUCAAAGGACAAGUUCUUGAGAGUAUGGGACCUUGACACACAGCAUUGCAUGCAGAUUAUUGGUGGGCAUCAUACUGAAAUUUGGUCCAUAGAUGUUGACCCCGAAGAGAAAUAUAUGGUUACUGGAUCUGCAGAUCCAGAGCUACGGUUUUAUACAAUCGUGCAUGAUUCCACUGCUGAAAAAUCUGUAAAUAACACAGUUGAACCUGUCGACAAUGCUUCUACUGCUCGUAGUAAAUGGGAAGUCUUGAAGCCAUUUGGGGAAAUUCAAAGACAGAGCAAAGACAGGGUUGCUACUGUAAGGUUUAACCGGACAGGAAAUCUAUUGGCUUGUCAACAUGCUGGGAAGGCCGUAGAGAUAUUUCGUGUGCUAAAUGAAUCUGAAUCCAAACACAAGGCAAAAAGAAGAAUCAAAAGAAAGGCAAAGAAAACUUUGAAAGAAAAUGGGGACUCUGAUAAUGUUGGAAUCAGUCAAGAAGGACAGAAUCUCGUUAUUACAGCCCUUGAUGUUUUUAAGCUUUUACUGACUCUGCGAGCUGGGAAGAAAAUAUGCUCAAUUGCUUUUAGUCCAGUUGCUUCUAAGGGUUCACUGGCCACCUUGGCAUUGUCUUUAAACAAUAAUUCAUUAGAAUAUUAUGCAAUUGAUGAAAGUGGCACAUACACCAAAAGCAGUAGUAUUGAGCUCCAAGGGCAUCGUUCUGAUGUGAGAAGUGUUACUCUCAGUUCAGACAAUAGUCUUUUAAUGUCAACAAGUCACAGUCUGACUAAAAUAUGGAACACUAGUACUGGAUCUUGUGUACGCACCAUAGAAUCGGGAUAUGGAUUGUGUGGACUAAUUUUUCCUGGCAGCAAAUAUGCAGUUGUUGGUACUAAAGGAGGAACUUUAGAGAUCAUUGAUGUUAGGAGUGGUACUUGCAUUGAUGUGGUGGAAGCUCAUGGUGGUUCAGUUCAAUCAAUUGCUGCAACUCCAGAGGGAACUGGUUUUGUUACUGGGAGUGCUGAUCAUGACAUUAAAUUUUGGGAAUUACAGCUUACACAAAAGUCUGAUCAGGAUCCUAAGCACAUAACUGCAUCCCAUGUGAGGACUAAGAAGAUGGACGAUGAUGUUAUUGUUGUUGUUGUCAGCCCUGAUGGUAAAUACAUUGCAGCUGCACUUUUGGAUAGCACAAUCAAGGUGUAUUUCAUGGAUUCUCUCAAAUUUUUUCUUUCAUUGUAUGGACACAAGCUACCUGUUUUAUGUAUGGAUAUUUCAUCUGAUGGAGAUUUGCUAGUUAGUGGCUCUGCUGACAAGAAUUUGAAGAUAUGGGGUCUGGAUUUUGGGGACUGUCACAAGUCUAUUUUUGCUCAUGCUGACAGUGUCAUGGCUGUUAAAUUUGUGCACAAUACCCAUUACGUGUUUAGUGCGGGUAAAGAUCGUGUUGUGAAAUACUGGGAUGCUGACAAGUUUGAGUUGCUUUUAACACUUGAUGGUCACCAUGCUGAAAUAUGGUGCCUUGCUGUCAGCAACUGUGGAGAUUUUUUUGUAACAGGCUCCCAUGAUCGUUCCAUACGUCGUUGGGAUCGUACUGAAGAGCCUUUUUUCAUUGAGGAAGAGAAAGAAAAACGGCUAGAGGAGAUUUUUGAAUCUGACAUUGACAAUGCAAUAGAGAAUAGAUAUGCAGUGAAAGAAGAUGUGAUUCCGGAAGAAGGUGCCGUGGCAUUAGCAGGGAAGAGGACCCAAGAAACUCUCACCGCAACAGAUUCCAUUAUUGAAGCACUAGACAUUGCAGAAUUUGAAGCUAAGCGCAUUGCUGAACAUGAGGAAGAGAAAUCCAAAGGCAGAGUUGUUGAUUUUCGGCCAAAUAUCCUGAUGUUGGGGCUAUCUCCGUCUUCUUUCGUUCUUCGUGCCGUUUCAAAUGUCCACACAAAUGAUUUGGAGCAAACACUACUGGCACUACCAUUCUCUGAUGCCCUGAAGCUUUUGGCUUACUUGAGGGAUUGGGUUCAUUUACCUGAGAAGGUGGAGCUCGUCUGCAGGAUGACCACAGUGUUAUUACAACUGCAUCAUGACCAGCUUGUUUCAACUGUUACAGCUAGACCUCUACUUACCCUUCUAAAAGAUGUGAUCCCUCUAAAAGUCAAGGAGUGCAAAGAUACACUUGGCCUCAACCUAGCCGCAAUGGAUCAUCUCAAGCAAAUUAUGGCUUUGAAGUCGGAUGCACCUUUCAAAGACGCAAAAGCAAAAUUAUUAGAAAUACGCGCCCACAACACGAAACGCAUUGAGGCAAUGACAGACAGAAAGGAAGAGAGGAAGGCGAAGAAGAAGAAGAAACAGAAGAAAAUGGAUGGAGGGCAUGUUUGGAGCUGAUUACCAGUUGGGGGGAAGUAGAUGUCCUCGUGAAGGUUUUGUUUUUUUUUCGAGUUUAGUGAACUAGCAUUAUUUUCCUUGUGUAAAAUGCUUAAGCUAGACUUGUAUUUACACAAUGUAGUAGGGUCUUUGUGACAUAUGAAUCAAAUGUUGAUCCUGGCCAAAUCAUUAAUAUUUCUAAAUUUUUUUCAUUGAAGGGUUACACUAUAGAACAUAGGAUCCUCGUAAUCCAUAGAAAUACACUGGAAAAUUGUGA